UCUUUUUUCCUCUUCUUUCACCACCAGCGCCAAUUCACGAACCCCAUUCCUUGUGUCUCCGUGCAUCUCCCUCACCACCACCGAUGGACGGUCCGAUGGCCGUAGGCCAAGGCCAGCAGCCUCAACAGCAACAAGAACAACAACAACAACCGGCGAAGGUCGUGGAGCGGCUAAACACUGCCGUACAGCAGCAACUUAACCUAGAAUCCGUUAAAACCAGAGCCAUCAGUCUCUUCAAAGCCAUCUCUCGCAUCCUCGAAGAUUUCGAUCUCCUUGCCCGCACCAAUUCCGUCCCUAAAUGGCAUGAUGUGUCGAGUCAGUUUUCGAUGGUGAACCUUGAGCUUUAUAAUAUUGUGGAAGAUAUUAAGAAGGUUUCCAAGGCUUUUGUUGUUCAUCCGAAGAAUGUUAAUGCGGAAAAUGCUGCAAUUUUGCCUGUUAUGAUUUCAUCAAAGUUAUUGCCGGAGAUAGAAGCAGAUGACAACGCCAAGCGAGAGCAGCUACUAUACGGUAUGCAGAAUCUGUCCAUACCCGCACAGAUUGAAAAGUUAAAGGCUAGAAUUGACAUGAUUGGAGCAGCCUGUGAAAGUGCUGAAAAGGUCAUCGCUGAUACUCGGAAAACCUAUUUUGGCACUCGACAGGGGCCCACUAAUAUCCUGACUUUAGAUAAGGCUCAAGCUGCAAAGAUUCAGGAACAAGGAAAUAUACUAAGACAUGCUGUUAAUCAUGGUCAAGGUUUACGUAUACCCAUGGAUCAAAGGCAGAUCACAUCAGCACUUCCAGCUCAUCUAGCAGAUGUUCUUCCAGUUGGUGACAACACACAGACCGUUUCCGAGUCAUCUGGUGGUAUGUACAUGAAGAAUACACCUCCGGUGUCUUCAAACAAUGUAAACAACCAAGGAGCAUUGAUGCAGGGUUCUGGUUCCCAACUAAUGGGAAGAGCAGCGGCUUCUCCUGGCGGCACUGGGACAUCAUCGUUCGAUAACACAACCGCAUCACCGCUGCCAUAUGCGAACUCACCUAGAUCUGCUGCGAACAUGAUGAACACACCGUCACCACAACAACAAACUCAGCAACAACACCAGCAGCAACAGCAACAACAACGGCAGAAGUUUAUGCAGCAGUUACCACAGCAUCAGCAGCAAAUGCUCGCUCAGCAGCUGAGGCAAUCUCCGAUGACUGGAUUAGGGCAGAACCAAUUGUCACAGCUACAUGAUUUACAGGGUCAGGCUCAAAAUAAGUAUCAGUUACAUAGUCAAAGUCAAAUGCAAUAUUCCCAGUCAUUGGGGGGCCAGCAAUUCCAGGGGAGACAGUUACCGUCUGGGGGUAUCCAGCAUGGCAUUUCACAAAGUCAACUUAAUCAAGGAAAUCAGUUAAAUCGUCAUUUAAACCAAAUGUCGGGCACCGCCAACAGUGCAUUGUUUAAUGCUGCACAGGCUACACCAAAUAACCAGAUGAUGUCAAAUAUGUCGGCCAUGAUGACUUCACAACCGCAUGUGGCUCGAAUGCAGCAGUAUGGAUUAUCCGGUGCCAACCACAAUCUUGGUUCCCAAAGUCUGAAUGAUCAAGUGUUCAACAUGGGUGCAGCCAAUCCCAAUACCAUGAUGCCUAUGCAACAGCAACAGCAACAGCAUGGGUCGCAAGGCGCGUUUGGGAACAUGCAACAAAACACACAGAAUCUACAACCUGGUAUGGUACCCAUGCAGAACCAACAACAGAAUCACACCAACUUUCAACAACAUAGACAAAAUCAAUAGCGGUCCUAUGUUAGCUGCAAACUGUUGACAGUUUUAUCUAAGGUUUUCAUGGUUUGCAAAUGUGUGUGGAAUUCUACUUCUUACUCGAGUUAUCAGAUAUAUAGCCAGUCAAUUUAUAAAGUUAUAAACAUAUGUAUGGCAGUCUA